AUUGUAUUAAGAUGUACGCUAAGUUUUUGGUUGUAUUAGUGAUAGCUGCUCUAGCUAGCAGUGAAAUUGUAAGAAUUCCUUUGAAGAAACAGCAAAAUAAUGGAGGAAGAAGAAUACGUAAUGUCGCAAGAAACAGACUACGCAGUAAAUUUGGAAGUCGAGGUGUAGUGCCUUUAGUCAAUGAAUACGAUCUUGAUUAUUAUGGAGAAAUUGGAGUUGGAACUCCCUCACAAAAGUUCAACGUAAUUUUUGAUACCGGUUCCACUGAUCUUUGGGUUCCUUCAUCCAAGUGCAAAGUCCAUGCAGGCCAAGCAAACGGCUGCCAAAACCACAAACAAUACGAUUCUAGCAAAUCUUCAACAUAUCAGGAAAAUGGCGGAUACUUUUCUAUCCAAUACGGAUCAGGAUCUUUGAGUGGUUUCCUAUCUCAAGACAGUGUAGAGGUUGGCGGUCUUCCUGUAAAGAAUCAAAUCUUUGCUGAAGCAACUGACGAAACCUCUCAAUCCUUCGUUACGAGUACAUUCGAUGGUAUUUUAGGAUUAGCUUACCCUCAGCUCUCAGAUCAAAAUAUUCCUCCAGUUUUCCAAAAUUUGAUUGACCAAGGUGUUGUAGACAAACCAGUAUUUUCCUUCUACCUCAGUCAAGAAGCCAAUGGCGAUAAAGGAGAACUAUUGCUUGGUGGAUCAGAUUCAAAGUACUACAAAGGAGAUUUUGCCUAUUCACCAGUAUCACAAAAACUUUAUUGGCAAGUUACUGCACAAGGUAUUUCUGUUGACAACCAUAACUUAUGUCAACGUGGAUGUGAAGCUGUUAUAGAUACUGGUACUUCUUUGAUCUAUGGACCAACCGAGGACGUUGAAGUUAUCAACAAGGCAAUUGGCGCAAAAUAUGACUACUCUCAAGGUGCCUACCUCAUUGAUUGCAAUACCGAUUUGAGUAGUCUUCCUGAUGUAUCUUUUAAAUUUGGAGGCAAGCAAUUUGCCAUACCUGCCAAAGCCUACAUCGUCAAAGAUGCAGAUAUUUGCCUAUCAAGUUUCUUGCCCCAGGAAUUCUUCCUCUCUGGAUUUGAAUGGUUGGUUGGAGAUUCAUUCCUGAAAACUGUUUACAGUGAAUUCGAUUUUGGCAACAACCGUAUUGGAUUUGCCGAACUUGCUUAAAUAUAUAUAAAUUUAUAAAUAAAUAAUAAGGCAAUAAUAAUAAUUAUU